CACACGCACACGCACUCGCACAGUCGUGCCUUGUCUCGCUGGUGAACAUGGCCGUUAACAGGACCUACAUCAGUGUCGGCUACGCCGCCGUCGGGCUGCUCUUCGGGGCUUCCGCCUUCCUGGUGUGGAACGUCGCGUUCGGCCAGCCGUGGACCGCGGCCAUGGGCGGGCUGUCGGGUGUGCUGGCCCUCUGGACCCUGAUCACUCACGUCAUGUACCUGCAGGACUACUGGAGGACCUGGCUGAGGGGCCUCAAGUUUUUCUUCUUCAUCGGGGUCUUCCUCUCUUUGGUGUCGGUCGUGGCCUUCAUCAGUUUCAUGUCCAUCGCCAUCACCAACAAGGAGUCCCUGACGGACCCUCGCAGCCUCUACCUGACCUGUGUGUGGAGCUUCAUGAGCCUGAAGUGGUCCUUCCUGCUGGCGCUGUCCGCUCACCGCUACCGCAAAGAGUUCGCCGACAUCAGCAUCCUCAGUGACUUCUGAGAGACUCCUCAGACCUUUGGGGGGGGGGGGGGAGGUCAGAGCCUCAGAGUCCAAAAGCUGAAGGACAUUUUGAGGGGAUUCGGAAAGAAAAGGAUGGAAGGUUCUGGAUGAGCACCCUGGUCCUGGUUCCUCCCUCGCCUCCUGGGUCCAAACCGCCUCAUCCUUUUUUUAAAGCGUCAACAGAAACAAACCCAGCCUUGUUUUAUACGGCAUUUUAUAUAUAUAUAUUUUUUCUCAGCACCCUACUCGGUCAUGCCUCUGCACAAUGACUAAAUAAAUGCAAAGUAUGGGUAUUGUUUUUCAUGACUUGAAAGUGUUAAUUUUCAGUUGCAGUGUCAUGCUCCUGCCCCUAGAGGGAGCCAUCCUUCUGACUGUUAAACGUACAGUACAGGACGUGCGCUUGACGUCCCGCUUUACAUCUUUGUAUUUUUUAUUUUUUAAUGUUCUUGUUCAAUGAAUGAUGCAAUGUUGUCAAAUGGAUGAAAUAUACAUAUCGCAGUGCAUCACUCAUGAGGAAUACGUGAUCUGUGUCCAAGAACAUUUUUAACGGAGUGUGUCGGGGGGUCUCGCGAAGGGCACAUCACCCAAAAUCCUGCAGCGUCCACAUGAAUGGGUUCAUGUAACCAGCUCCACAUGUGCUGGUUUUUGAUGUGGCUGUGAACCAUGAAGGGGCAUUUCUUUAAUGUAAAGAAUGAUUUCUGUAUCAUUUUGUAUCUGCGUGACAAACGAAAGUGAACACGGGCCUCAGUCACGGCUUUAAUUUGUGACGGUGGUGACGGCACUAUUGUUCUUUACGCCGUGUUGUCCUCAUCUGAACUAUUCCUGAUACUUAUAUUGUUGCUUAAUGAGAGUAUUUUUGCUGCUUAUGUCCCCGUACGUGUUGAAAAUGAAGAAUGAAUGAAAGCUGGUGUGUUUGAGACGCGUGUCACGUUAAUACAAAUGUUUUUUUUAGUCAUCCCCUGUGCAUUAAUGUGGAUAAUAUAUUUUGUUAUUUUUUGUAGGUUCCAAUUUCUGUUCCUCCAAAACAUUUAUUCACUCAGGGUUCAUACGGGUGUUGACCAAUGGAGUUCCAGGACCUUUCCAGGACUUUAAACCAAAUUUCCAUGACCAAACAUUUUGUGAAAUCUCAGUGGUAUACAUGAGUAUAUACCUUAAAUAACACAAAUGAAUCAGAGACAAUAGUUUGAUAAAAGGAAUACAUAUUUAUAUAAAUGUUUAUUCUUUUAAACAAACUGCGUAAAUGAACAUAUGAAUAUAACAAAUCCCUUUAAGGAUUACAUUUUUUUUCAAGGACUUUUCCAGGCCUGGAAAUAAACAACCAAUUUUUUAUUUUUAUUUUUUUAUUUAUAAAUUCCAUGACCUUUCCAGGUUUUCCAUGACCCCUGAAGGAAUUUCAGCAGCAAAAAAUGCAUUUUUUUAUUUUCUCUACGAGCGACUGUGUCACAGGGAAAAAAAAGAGAAGGCGCUCCAUAUCCUCCUUCCCACUAACCCGGGUCAGGAGGGUCAGUGUCGGGCAUUAGAGUGGGAUUUGCACCACCAGAGGAAUGAACCACUUUCCCCAACCAGCCCGAGCCACAAUCACGAAGAAAAAACCCCUCCACAACUGUGAAUGCAGGUUUGCUCCGCUUUGAAGUCAGGCAAUUAUUCUAUACAUCCACAUUUUUUAUUUUGCCCCUCAAAGGGAGGUUUUUUUUGGGGGGGUGCAGAGAAGUUUUAGUGUAUGAUUAUGUUAAGGCAGCUGCCGCCUGAUAGGAGGACUUUGAAGUUUAUGUGAAAAAUAUGUGACUGGAAUAAUCCAGCACUAUCCGUGUGUUUUUGGUGCAUUAAAAACUCAACGAGUUAAUAAUUUACAGGACAAAUA